UUGAAAUUUCACCUAACCACCUCGAACCACUGUCACACGUUAUGCAAUGGUGGCUAAAAACGGUUAGCAACAGUCACGAUUUCGGGCGGGAGCAAUCACUGAACGACUAACUUCUCUAUAAAAUUGUAAUACUUCCAGAGUCAUGUUGCGUAGAAUUAUUACCACAGGAGGUCCAUUCUGCUUGGGUGCCACUGCCGUCACUGUGUCUGAUGGGGCAAAGAGUGCUGCGCCCCAAGAGAAGCCGGACAACGCUCAAUAUAAAUGCAAACCAUCGGAUUUGCCCCUUUACGCGCCGCUACAUGCUAAGAACAAGAAACCGGAACCCGCAGAGCACAAAGACUCUGCCAUUCGACAAAAUGUAGAAAGCGGUGUAUCCGUGGUCCGUAAGGAAGUUUUCGGCGCGUAUAAUGCAGUUGCAUCCCAGACGAAAGUUCUGGACGACACUUUCAAAAAAGGCAAAGAUCAAACGAAAUUUAUAGUCGACUAUUUAAAUGAACCAGGCAACACAAUGCCCCGAGUAGGUGCCGUAGCAAUUGGUGGUCUUGCUGGUUUCAUUUUUGCUUUACGCGGAGGAUUCAUCCGACGUGUCCUUUUCACUACUCUCGGUGCCGGUGGCGUUGCAUCCAUUUGUUAUCCUAAGGAAGCUGAAGUGUAUGCCCAGCAUGGAAUCGUUGAGGCUAAAAAAUAUGCAAAUAUUGCGUAUAAUUUUACAUUCGGCGUCAAACCUGGAGAUGAUGUUAAUGCACCGAACUGGCCAAAAAUUCCAACCAAUUUUUCCGAAUUGAGCGAUACGAUAUCGGACAUGGCGAAAAGUGCUAAAGAUGCAUUGUUGUCUUCGAAGAAAUGAGUUUAGUGAGACUUGAUUAGCGAUAACGAAAGUCUGAAAAUAUUUUCUUUGAUUAUGUUAACCAUCGAAAGGAAUUCAAAGAUCAUUGACUGUUA